GUAUCGAAGACACUGCUGACGCAGAACCUCCUCUUGACUCAGACACCAUUAUGGACCCCUCAGGUCAGGCGAUGUUCGAUCCUCGCAACAUACGACACCCCAGAUCGGGUGAAUGGUCGCCUCCAGAACACCUUUCCAGGUUCAUGCACCUGUGGCUCCGCAAACCUCUGGAGAAAGAGGUCCGCAACCGACUCAGGUCUGAAUGCCCACGCCCUUCCCUGCCGGAUAAGGUCGCUCAGACCCCAGAAUUUGACAAAGUUAUGACAACCUUUAUGAUGCGCAGUGGCAGAGACCCUCGACGGGGCUUAGAGAAAGGCCUAUGGGGCGCCCAAGAUAACCUACUGGAUUCCGUAGGCCCCCUGGCUCGCAUUAUGUAUCUGGCGGAUGAUGCCUACGCCAAAGCCGAUUCCUUCUCCACCGAGGACUUCAGGGAAUGGGCACAUGACAUUCGUGAGUGGGCACAACGUUGUUUUUGUUUCAUCGGAAACGCCAAUGUUACGCUCUCUUCGGAGAGACGAAAAGCAGCGUUAUUCCGUAUUAACGGUAAAUUGGCAGACCUUGGCACAAAAGAGAUUGGGCCCCAGGCACAAGGAAAACUUUUCGGUGAACCAUUCCUCAAGGAAUUAAACAAACAUGUCAACGUGUUCACCUCCCUUAAUAAGGCGCAAUCCUCAAUGCGCAGUGUCUUCAGGAGCAACCCUACCAGAGGGGUUUUUGGAAGGGCUGGCCGGCAACGGGGCCGUGCCGCCAGCCGAUUUUGGCCUUCAGGCCCCCGUACUCAACCAACACCAUUUUAUCCGACAAGGGACUAUCAACAACGACCCUUUUCCAGAGGCUCGGAUAGAGGCCGUGGAAUCCGCGGACGCGGACGUUCCCGCUUUACUGCAGCGUAACCCUCUUCAGGUCCUCCACUGGUCGCUGGUUUGUUAAUCUUACGACCCGAUAGGAUGAGAUGAGAACUUUGUUCGGUCUUACCUCCAACCUCGUUUACCAGAAGUCUCCUCAAGUUCUACUCGCCAGAAACCGCUGUUACAGUUUUCGUUGAAUUUCUGGAUGUUCGAGCUCAACCUGGACUUUGAUGUCGCUUUUAGAAAGAGGAAGUGCACAGGCAGCAUGACCCUUAUAUACUAUGUGGCGCAGUGAUC